AUGACGGCAACAUCAGGAAAAUGUACACCACCUCCUAGCGCGGACAUCGACAUCGAUGUCGGAAGAGCACAGGAUGCGGACGUAGCCAGGACCGAGGGCACUGAGGCAGAUCAGCAAGCAGACCCCCCAUCCGUUGUGAGGAGGAGCUCGUGUUGUCCGCUGGCCAGCUGGCUGCGGAACUCGAGGAGGAGGCCGGCGCCAGCAAGGAAGAAGAAGCCCUUCACCCUGACAGUCGAGACUCUCUUCGACAGCACCACUCCCCAGCGCAACUCCGUCGCCCAAUGCGGCACGCCCUUCCCCACCCCAUUCCACAUUGACACAGAGCCUCUCUUCCCCCGACGGGAGGACCACGAGGGCUCUGAUAGAUCUUCUCCAGCUGAGGUCCGUGGAAGCUCCCAUGCCUCGGCCGCUGGCUUGCAGCAGGACGUCCACAGCGACUCGCAAGGGACUCAGAGGCCCCGCGAAGCAGCGAAAGAGGCAUCCCAGAACGGGGCCAUGCCAGGCGACGCUCCUCAACGGCCCAAGUCGGAAUGGAUGGUUCAGCUGGUGGAGCAGGGGGAUACAUGGUAUGACUCCAUGUCGAUGACGGACAGGAUGGCGCAGAGGAUCGUUGGAAUCUCAGUGAAGGCGUUCAAGGGGAUGAGGGUGACUCUGUCAUCGGAAGGAUCAAAAGCUUUCGAUGAAAGGCUGCUCAACAUAUCAGGAGGAGGCGUUGGAACAAUCGUGAAGGUGCUGAACAACGGAACCAUCAGCAAAGUUUGCUGGGAUGUCAACCCUGCUGUUGAGCAUUGCUACAGGACAGGGCGAUUCGGACAAUAUGAGCUUUGCCAGCAUGAUUUGGGGGGAGGAGAACGGAACGGGCAAAAUUUUACUGAGUUCAUGACUUUUCACGCUGCAGAUGAGCAUGCUUUCCUGCGUGCUGUAGGGCCUCCGAGUCAGCCCCACCCCUUCCUGCCUCCCACUGGCUCUCCAGGUGAAUCGCACGAGUCCGGCGUGAGUGGCUCAGGGCUGCCGGACCUUGCGCUGCCAGAGCCAGCGCAGCAGGCAGAGGCGAACCACCAAGACGGCGUCCUGCUCAACUUUUCGACAGUCCGAGAAUGGACGAGCUUCGGCAGGCAGACUGGAGAAGUGCACAUGGGGAACGGGAAGGAGGGAACGGACGACCGGAUCCCCGAGGACAGAUGGGAUGGUGCUGACGAGAAGCAGAGGAGUCGGCUGUCCUUCCGAGACUCAUUCGUGACCAGGGAGUUGAGGAUGAACGGUAUCCUCCCUCCCUCCAGCCUCGAGGAGCCAAACCAGGUCCUUGGGCACACGGCUCGGCUGAAGAGGAUCUACGCUAGGAACGAGAUGGGCUACUUCAACAGCAUCACCACGAGCAGGAACGGCUGA